AGCCUGGUAAGAAAAUAACGCAUAGAACUAUCAAAGAAAAAGUUCAUUAGUGACAGAAGAAGAAGAAGAAGAAAAUGGAGGUUGGAUUUUUGGGACUGGGAAUAAUGGGAAAAGCUAUGUCCAUGAAUUUGCUGAAGAAUGGAUUCAAAGUCACUGUUUGGAACAGAACUCUUUCUAAGUGUGAUGAAGUGGUGGCUCAUGGUGCCUCAGUUGGAGAAACCCCUGCAGAAGUAGUAAAGAAAUGCAACAUCACCAUUGCCAUUUUGUCUGACCCUGCUGCUGCUCUUUCGGUUGUAUUUGACAAAGAUGGAGUUCUAGACCAAAUUUGUAGUGGGAAAGGUUAUAUUGACAUGUCAACUGUUGAUCCCGAGACUUCUUGGAAAAUCAGUGAGGCAAUUGCAUUAAAAGGCGGCCACUUCCUUGAGGCACCUGUUUCUGGUAGCAAACAGCCCGCAGAAACUGGUCAACUUGUGAUUCUUGCAGCUGGAGAUAAGGCAUUGUAUGAAGAAGCUGUUCCAGCUUUUGAUGUAUUAGGAAAGAAAUCUUUCUUCUUGGGACCAGUUGGUAAUGGAGCCAAAAUGAAACUUGUUGUCAACAUGAUAAUGGGCAGUGUGAUGAAUGCAUUUUCGGAAGGACUUACACUGGCCGAAAGAAGCGGAUUGAAUCCACAUAGCCUUCUUGACGUGUUGGACUUGGGUGGGAUUGCCAACCCAAUGUUUAGAGGAAAGGGACCAGAAAUGGUUAAAGACAAUUAUUCCCCUGCAUUUCCUUUGAAACAUCAGCAGAAAGAUAUGAGGUUGGCUCUUGCCCUUGGGGAUCAAAAUGCAGUAUCAAUGCCAGUAGCUGCUGCAGCUAAUGAGGCUUUCAAGAAGGCCAGAAGCAUGGGGUUGGGAGACCUUGACUUUUCAGCUGUUUACGAGACCGUGAAGCUUCUUAAACAUUCAUCUUGAUACCAUAUACUACCUUUCAUAUUGUUAGGCUGAUGAAGCCAUAUUCAGUGUUGGUUUGAACCUGAAUUUUUAUAUAUCCAUUUUGUAGUUCCUACUAUUUUGAAAGUUGAUACUAUUAUGUUUUUAAGAAA